AUGUCGGAUGAGAAGGAAGUUACUGCAGUGAAUGCUGAAGAUGAACUCAGUCGUGUUCAAAGAACGUUUAAUAAACUGGCACCACUAUGCAGUUUAGAGAAGAUAGCGAAAGGGACACCGCAGCUUGCGCCGCAAGAGAAACAGAUGGAGAUUCUCAAAAAUGAGAUGGAAGAGACUAUCCUUUGUCUGAGUUUAACAAAACAACGUCGGAAUGUGGUGCAAACUGCAAAGGCCAAGAGAAACAUCUGCAAAUCUGUUAUCGAUUAUGAGAACCUGCUCGAGAAGCUAAGAGAAGAAAAGGCACAGAAGACUGAAAUGGAUAUUCUGAACUACCUCGCUAAUAAGACCAUAUUAGAUUUAGCUAAGGAGAUCCCUUCGGAAAAUGAUGAAAUAGCGAUGUUUGAGAGAGCUAGUAAUAGCCUACGUCGUAUGGAGAACAGACUCGAUCUUGCCACAAAAAGACUCUGUUCUAUUAACACAGACAACAAGUUAUUGAGAGAAGAAAUCAAUAGACUUCUUGUUGAACGGAGGAUGUUUAAUACACAAUGGCAACGAGCCAUAGACAGGCUAGUUAGAGGUAAAGGCUACCUGUUGGAUAUCUUUGAGGUUGCGUCAACAGCCUUUGCUGAAAGGGACGAGUACUGUAGGAAACUUGACGUUCUAAAGUGGAAAGGGCUUUUCCAGCUCAAUAAGGAUAUUGCAGAUAUGCAAUUUUACGAAGGGGAUUUAAACCACCUGGCUAAGUUAGAAGAAUUUAUACGAGUCAAGUGUUCUCGGAGAAUUUGUGAAGCUGAUGAGAUAGAAGCUAUGAUGAUGGAGGAAGAAAUAGCCAGGUGUGAGAAGGAGGUAGCUAAAUACGAUGAUCUGCUGGAAGAAAUCUUUAAUUUCACUGGCAAGGACAGUGUUGCUACUGUUAUAAAACCAUUCAGGGAAACUGAGAUAAGGAACGAUUCUUUAUUCAAACUGCUGUGUGACGUUAUGAAAGAAAGUAUUUUUAUAAGAAAAGAAUUACAAAACAUUAGACAAAGGAUUAUGGAUACUCAAGAAGAAAAAGAGGCUACUAAGGAGAAGCAAAUAAGGAACAUUGCUGACUUGAGAAUGCAGUUAGAAGAACAACAAAAGCGUAAGCAGCAUCAGCGAGAAUUGAACCUUGCUGCUCAAGAGGCUUUAGAGAAGGUAGUGAAUGCCAUCGAUGAACUUUUCAGAAUCUCUAAAUGCAACGCUACACCUUUUUUGAAGCUCUUGGGUAAAAAAAAUGCCAACACGUGGAACGUACACAAGUAUGUCAGCGUUCUGGAAAUGGAAGUUAAAAGUCUUGUACAAAUAGCAUAUGGAGUCGUAAAGCCGCCUUCGGAGACACCGAAAGGUCAUAAAGGUGCACGCACAAAACCCAUGAAGCUCGUUGCGGACCCACACGUGGAGAUCAUCAGGCCAAACAAGAUCGAAAAAUUGGUGCCUUAUCUACCCUGUGCUUAUUGCGUAGAGGAAUACAUCAUGAACCAGGUAUUCGAAACUCCAGCAGUGCCAGCUGAUAAACAGUAUAUCCAGGAAAUUCUCCAUCUUGACGAACCGAACACCAAAUUCGGAAUACACACCUUGACUAUACCGGACCGUCGUCACCCAAACCGAAAGGUUAAAACCUCCAAACCCAAUUGA